AUCCCCAAAAAGCCAAUUUCUCCAUAUCCCAUAAGGGAGUCUGCACAGAUCAUAUCUGGCUUUGGCAGAGGCUCGUCUGAUUUAGGGAUUCCUACUGCGAAUAUCCCCAUUUCCCAGACUUCAAAGGCUUUCCAAGCUCUUCAGCCUGGGGUUUAUUUUGGGUAUUGCAGCAUACACAAGAACUUGAACAAAAGGCUCGGUCCCCAGAUCUUAGCUACAAAUAACCAUAUCAACGAAAAUAACAAUAUAAGGAGAAACAUCGAAUUCAAGUACGGUUUUGGUUUAGAUGAGAAAAACGAUUUGAGUGUUUCACUUCCUCAAGUUAUGUCAGUUGGCUACAAUCCAUUCUAUGGAAAUCAAGAAAAGAGUUGUGAAAUCCAUAUAAUUCAUAAUUUUAAAACAGAUUUUUAUGGAGCAAUCAUCCAAUUUAAUAUAUUAGGUUAUAUUAGACCCGAAUUGGAUUUUGUCAAUGUUCAAGCUUUAAUUGAUGAUAUAAAUUUAGAUAUUAAGUCUGCUCUAGAAGUUUUGAAAAAGGAAGAAUAUAAAAAAUAC